AUGACAUCUAUCACAUUAUCCGAAGUGGAGCAGGCGGACAUCUUGAGACAAGGAAACGAUUUGUACAAAUCGGGCAAACUCCUACGAUCUAUAGCCAAAUAUCAAGAAUCCGCCAAUCUUGUACCGGACAAUUGCACACCCCUUGGUGAUUUAUCGGCGGCGUAUUUCGAAGUUGGGGAAUACCCAAUGUAUCGUCAAGCGCGAGAAGAGCUCUUCAAAUCUUGGGGGAAAGCGAGGACAAUGAGAAUACGGAUUUGCUCGACCCACGAAUUCUUGAAAAAUUCCUCGUUAUCGGCCAACAUUGUAAAAGCCCUCCUAAAUUCUUGGACUCAUCUGACGAAUUUCUUCUACGGUGCUACUGCCAAGGAAUACUGCUGUGUCGGCAAUGAUAAGCCUGCUUCGUUAUUUGAUCAUACCAUUGACAAGAAUGAACCUGUAUCUAAUGAUGUCUCCUUUCUAUUCGCUGGUAUUGGCGAUGCACGUAAUUUACUCCAAAUAAUCAUUGACAUUUCUGAGCUUGAAAAGAAGCACCACUUGAAGCAAAAGCAAUAUCAUCUCACCAUGGUCGAUGUCAGCCACAAUACUAUUACAAGAGACUUGAUUAUUUCUAUGUUGCUGGAAGAAUAUUCUAACCUCGAGCCAAGCUCCGAGAAAGCUGAAGAAAUUCUAUCUACUUUGUUUUAUGUCUUUAUUGCUAUCAUUAUUCCCCGCGUCACUUUCAAUCACUUAUAUCGCACCAUCGAUCGAGCCCUCUCUUUGCUACAGUUAAGCACACAGCCUUUGAAUUGGAUGCAUCUUUGUGAGGAGGACUUUUGCUUAUACAUCCAAACUCUGGAAGACUGGAAGGGCAGAGCUUUGACUUGCAUCACCACUGCCAACGCAGUAGAUAAAGUAAUCGAGCAACUGCACCGAAAUAAGAUGAUACUACCUCCAUUGUUACGUGGCGAUGAAAAUGUGCCCACUGCUUUCAAGAAAGAAAAUAAACUCUACAGGGCUACAGCGGUUCUCAUUCCUCCCACAAGACUUCUUCGAAACCACAACCCUGCAAUCCUAGCAUUACUCCAAAAUCGAGGCAGUAAUCCAGGAAAAAGCGAUGCAGCAUUAAAAAAGCAUUUGCGUGAAAACUGGAGUUUCAAUACAACCCUAAUGUAUCUCGAUUGGUAUGAUUUUCUGGAGGACAAGAAUGAUUUUGGCCUUGCCAACGAUCCUUUCCAUGACUUAAUAGACUCUCGCUCUGCAUCAGAACCCUUGCGUUCGGAAGAAAAGACUCCUGGCUCUUUAUAUUAUUACAUUACUCUAUUCUUUCAAGAUGCAGCUCGUUCCAUCAAAUUCCUCAGUGGUCGUCUUCAGGUUGAAGCUCUGUGUGAUGAUUAUGUGGAUUUUGCGGAGAAAUUAAGAUUCGGAUUGUACCGCGAUGAGAAUAGUCUACAGUCAUCAGACGCCACAGCAUCGAAACAAAUUCGUCGGAAAGACUUCCCAGUCUUGUAUGACCGGAUUCACUUGAGUAACGUACCGUGA